AUGGGACGUAAAAAGAUUAAUAUAACUCGUAUUAAUGAUGAUCGUACUCGUCAAGUUACAUUUACAAAACGAAAAUUUGGUUUAAUGAAAAAAGCUUAUGAAUUAUCAGUAUUAUGUGGUUGUGAAAUAGCAUUAAUUAUAUUUAAUAGCAAUGGUCGUCUAUUUCAAUAUGCAUCAUCUGAUAUGGAUAAAGUUUUAUUAAAAUAUGCUGAAUAUAAUGCACCUCAUGAAUCAUGUACUAAUGUUGAGAUUGUUGAUAUUUUAAAUAAAAAACAUUCAACAAUAAAACCAACAAUAAGAAUUAGUAGUGAAGAUACUGAAUUUAUUGAACAUGAUUAUGAAAGUAACGACCAAACCUUUGCUGAAAGUGUUAAUAGUUUUCUUGUCAAUAGCAAUCUUAGUUGCUCAUCAUCAAAUAACAAUAGCCAUGAUAUGACAUUCCUUAAUAAUAAUAAUAAUAAUAAUAAUAAUAAUAAUACAACAACAGUUUUACCCGAUUUUCAAUAUUUAACAUCUUCGUCUGAUGACAAACCAUUAUCAACAACAACAAUAAGAAAUCACAUUCCCAAUUAUCCUAUUCCGAAAUCUAUUGAUAUGAAUCAAUAUAGAAAUAAUUUUACUAAUGUUCCCUCAAAUACAACUCAUGUAACACAAUCUUCACAUGCACCGAUAAAUCAUUUUAUAGCUCAACAAGCAACAACAACACCUAUUAACCGAAUUAUGACUGUUGGUCCGGAUAUGAGUGUUUCAUCGAUUGACAUAAGUGCACUUGCUUCACAAUUGACAUCAAACUUUCUAGCAUCCUUAACUAAUGCUACUGUUGUCACAACUAAUGAUAAUUCAUCAUCAUCAACUAUUCCUAUUAAUUUGAUUAAUCGAGAUUAUCCAACAACAAAUAUUGGUACAGGUCAAGCAAUUAUGUUAACUAAUAGUCCUAAUUCAAUUGUAUUUACUGGACAACAACAACAACAACCACAAAUACAACCAAUCUGUCGAAAUCUUGUUAAACAAGAACCUAUGCUCUAUAGAACAACAACAACAACCUCGAGUGUUGGUAGAAAUGAUUUGUGCUAUGAAUCGAAUAUAAAACAAACUCAUUUAUGGCAAUAA